ACGCUAUUAAAAGAACAGGGAGUACUAGGGACCGGUUAAGGGAGUAUUUAAAACCAAAUCAGUGAGGGAAUCGGGCAGGAAAGGGUUUUUUUCCCCCUAAUCCGGGCGACGAUGCUGGUUCUCAUCUUCCAACAAUGCCUGAAAAUCCUCGCCUUGCCCAUCUAUGUGCUUGCCUAUUUUGGCUUAUGGGAUCCUAUUUGCAAAAAAACUUUCCCAUUUUUCAUGAAGAAGUUGACCAAAAGCUACAAUAAAAAACUGCACAAGGAAAAGGAGAAGCUGUUCCAGAACAUGCGGGACUUUGCUGAUGCCUCGGGAAAGCUCCACCUGCUAGAGAUUGGCGUGGGCACCGGCGCCAAUUUUCAGUUUUAUCCCCCCAACACUCGCGUGACCUGCGUGGACAACAACCCCAACUUUCAAAAAUUCCUCCUGGAGAGCAUGGCUGAGAACACGCACCUCCAGUUCGAUAAUUUUAUGGUCGCCUCCGCCGAGAACAUGACUUCGGUGUCGGACAACUCUGUGGACGUGGUGGUUUGCACGCUCGUGUUUUGCUCUGUGAAGAGCACCCAGGCAAUCUUGAAGGAGGUCCUGCGAGUGCUCAGACCCGGUGGUGCAUUCUAUUUCAUGGAACAUGUAGCAGCUGGCAGAUCAACCCGGACCUACUUCUGGCAACAAGUCUGUGACCCUACUUGGAGAUAUAUAGCAGAUGGAUGCUCCUUGUUAAAAGAGACCUGGAAAGAUUUGGAAAAUGCGGGGUUUUCUAAACUGAACUUAGAACACAUCAUAUGCCCAUUGUUACUCAGUAUAGUUCGUCCCCAUAUUUAUGGAUACGCUGUGAAGUAAUUUAAGGGAAAGCAUCUUUCUCUGAAAAUCAGAUUUCUGACUUUAAGGAAUUAAGAGUGACAAUGCAUACACUGCAAUAAGAAAAGAGUUCCUCUAUUCUAUACAAUUUGGAGUGGUGAAAGGCUCUUAAAAGUUCAAGCAAUACUAAUCCUAAAUCAGGGGUCUCAAAUUUAAAGUCUGGGGGCCUGAUCAGGCCUGCAGACUCCUUAGAUCUGUCUCAUGGGGCCAACCUGGAAACAGAGAAGGACUGGCCUCUGGUACCUUUUCCAACAAAAAAUGGAGCUUGGGAGAGCUGUGCACAGCCUCCUCGAGCUCUGUUUUUGCUGGCAGAGGGUUGCGGGAGGCCAUUGCAGCCAAAAAUGGAGAUUGGAAGCCCGUUUUUGCUGGCAGAGCGCCCUCGCUGUGAGUGACGUUGAUUUGGCCAUGCCCCCCCCCCACCUCCCAGGUCAAACAUCCCUGAUUUGGUCAUCACCUCUGACCUAAAUGGGUACUUUGGAUUAGGUUUGGAGAGAGGACAUAGAAAUGGUAAAAUUAAUAUAAAAUAUUAAUAUAAAAUAUUUUUAUAUAAAAUAUAAAAGAAAAACAAUCCUACUAGCAAAAGACCAUGUUGGCGUUAAAAAAUCCCACCACCAUUUUGCUGUGGGAUCACUCAGUCCACCAUGUCAGUUUCCCAGGAAGGAAAGCUAGAGGAGGCCUGUGUUUGAGUAUCACUCGCAACCUGUGUGGAGUUCUCUAAGAACAAACUGGUGAUGGACAAAGCUCUAACUUAAGCACAAGCAGAGCAGGGAAUCUUGCUUAAAUAAUACUACAGGCAGACUUUGUUGGCCUUUAGGAGAGGCCUACGCAAAAAGAUUUUUCUCUGCUUCUUAUCCCCUGUAGUUGUAGAGCGGGUAAAACUCUGAAUAUGUUGGCAUGGGAUUAAACUGAAAGCCAAGGCUUAGAAUGUAGACACUGGUAAUGUAUCAAAGCUUGCUAACUGCUGAAUUGUGUAUUAUUUUCUUGUUUUACUAUCAUGCUUUUCAUUUUCAAUAAAAAACGGCUUGGUGUUUUGGUGGUUU